AUGUUGCUUUCUAAAGGACAAAUAACUGUUAAAGAAAGGCAACACGACUACUUGUACGAUCCACUGUACAGUCUUUCAAGUGGGGUCGACCAUGCACGAGUUGCUACUAAGGCGCGUGCUAAUUUAAGCAAGCUGCAAAAGUUGUUUUCUUUUGAGAAUCUUUUCAGCGAGAUACCUAUAUAUCUUCCAUACAAAUGGCGUUUGAGCACAAAAGAUCCUGUUCCUGACUCUGUAUCCAAACAUUUCAAUCCUGUAGAUGUAUGUAAAGAGUUGGUUAAGAUUCAGCUCAGGAAGGGAGAAACUCCUAUGGAUGGCCACAUCUUUGGAGGGAUGGAUAGACCGAAAUACUUCACUUACCAUACAUCAUCAGUUUAUCCAUAUCCUUCAGGAGAUGUUAAAAAUUUAGAUAUUACACUGGAUUCCUUAAGUGGGAAUAGAGGUAUAACACAAACAAAUUUAAUUCCAAAACCACCUACUUAUGUAUCACGUUGUGUACAAACAAUGUAUCGUGAAUCAGAAGCACAAACUGAUCCAUAUUCACCUCCUUAUAUUGUUAAUACUGGUGAAACACCUGAGAUACUAACAUUAGCAUCUUUAGUAUAUGGACGUGGACUACCGGCUAAUUUAAUACUGGAGAAUUUAGAAAAUCGUGAAUGGUAUUAUAGAGAACGUGAAGUUGAAGCCCUUCAAGAAGUUCGAUUAAAUGUACUUGCCCAACUUUUACGUAAACGUGAAGAACGUCAACAAGAGGUGAUAGCUAAACGACUUGAUCGAACAUGGCAAGAAAGAUGUGCACAAAAAGAAGCAAAAUGUAGAGCUAUACAAUACCGUUACAUUACAGAGUUACGCAAGUUAUUGAAACGUCGAUUAGCAAAUAAAGAAGUGAAAUUUAAACGCGAUAUAAUAGGUGAUUAUGCUAGACCAUCAUCUCAAGUUUUUGCUCCACUAACUCGACUGGGUGUAUUCCCUGAUCGUAGUUCUGAAAAUUACAUUGUCAAAAAUAUAUAUCUGACCAGUUAUGAAGGUUUACUAGAUUUGGAAGCUAGUUUACCACGAUUUGUAUUUGAACCAAGAAUAAAAAUAAAGAAACCAAUAAUGUAUACGAAAGAUGGAUUUCUAAGACGUGAAUAUCGUCAUCAAAAAGAAUUAACUGAUUUACAUGAUUAUUUGAAAAGAACAUCAGCAAACGAAGAAGAGGCUGUUCCAAGAAAACCAAGAUUUUUACAAAAGAUUGAAAAGCCGAUACCACGUCCACUUACCCCAGGCAUUUCUCCACCAGCCAGUGAAGAAUCUGAGGAACAUGAAUUGGCUGCAAUUGUAUUGCAACAAUUAAUACGUGGACGUGCUAUACAAACACAAAUGUAUGAAGGCAAAGAAAAACGUAGUGAAUUGAUCGCUGAGUUAAGAUCUACACAUGCUUUACUAGAAGAUGAUCAGGCUCAAAAGAAGCGUGAAAAAUUAAAAAUAUUAUCAAGACAAGAAGAUCACAGUCAUAUAUUACAUCAGGAGCAUAUAAUGGAAGAUAUACUGGGACGAUUUGAAUGUGAUAGUUUAGCAAAUAUGUUAGAUUUCUUAAGUAAAGAACUUGAUAGGUUGAUUGAAGAAAGACGUAUACAUGCAUUAAUAUUACUGGCUGAACGUCAACGUCGAAUAAAAGAAGCUGAAGAAAGUGGUACACGUCAAAAAGAAGAGCGUAGAAGACGAGAACAAGAUGAAAUUUUUAAACAGGUAAAAUAUUGAUUUAUAAUAAUUUUAGAAAAAUUUAACAUGCUA